AUGACGUGGCACGUCGAAGGUGAGGCGAUAGCCGUCACCGCGCCGGAGGGAAAGACGUUAUUGGAGGUGGCGCAUGACAACGACAUCGAAUUGGAAGGUGCUUGCGGUGGAGAGUUGGCCUGCUCCACCUGCCACGUCGUUUUUACCCCCGAAUUGUACGCGCGCCUGCCGGCAAAGAAGGAGGAAGAGGAGGACAUGCUGGAUCUGGCCUGGGGCCUCACCGAGACCUCUCGCCUCGGCUGCCAGAUCAAA